UGAAGAACAGAAGAGGACACAUUAUAUCAGAACUUUUGUGUAUUUCUGAAUGAACCCAGAUUAGAUUUUAAUUAUAAUAGUUAUUUACUCUUUAAACCAAAAGUUCAGAAAGUGAAAGUAAAUUGUAGAUCAUUUGAUAUUUUACAAGACGAGGAAAUGGAUUCAAAAUCUGUGGAAGAGCUUUCUUGUCCUGUUUGCUAUGAAAUCUUCAAGGUUCCUGUUUUUCUGUCCUGUAGUCACAGUAUUUGUAAAGAGUGUCUACACCAGUUCUGGAAAACUAAAGAAACCCAGGAGUGUCCUGUCUGCAGGAGAAGAUCCUCAAGAGAUGAUCCUCCAGUUAAUCUCACAUUAAAAAACUUGUGUGAUUCAUUGAUAAAGGAGGGAAAUGAGAAAAGUUCAUCAGGAUCUGAGGAGAUCUGCAGUUUACACAGUGAGAAACUCAAACUCUUCUGUCUGGAGGACAAACAGCCUGUGUGUUUAGUGUGCAGAGACUCAGAGAAACACACCAAUCACACAUUCAGACCCAUCAGUGAAGUGCUUUCAUCUUACAAGGAGGAAUUUAAUACAGCACUGACGUCCUUACUAAACAAGCUCAAACAUGGAGAAGAAAUGAAAGAAGAGUGUGAUGAAACAAUUCAACACAUCAAGUCUCAAGCUGAGCACACAGAGCGUCAGAUUAAAGAAGAGUUUGAGAAGCUUCAUCAGUUUCUCAGAGACGAAGAAGAAGCUACAAUCACUGCACUGAGGGAGGAAGAGGAGCAGAAGAAGCAGAGGAUGAAGAAGAAGCUGAAAGAGAUACACAGACACUUCUCAUCUCUUUCACACACAAUCAGAGACAUGGAGAAGAUGAAAAAAAGACAAUGA